GGAUGAUGGAAUCGCGCUGCGUACAGAUCAUGAUGCUGAUGAUGAUGAUGUAAUAAACGCCGAUGAUUCUAUAUGAAUACGCGCGCGGAUCACGCUCGCUACGCGGUUAAAGUGAUGUCAUCAUCCAUACCGUGAAGUGUAUUUAGGAAAUUUAACACUGCGUUUCACCGGAAAUCAUCCGCGCUGCUCAAUUCUCCCAGCGCGGCCUGCAUAAGGACAAACCCCAGGACUGCGGCGCAGAUGGCUGUUGAGAUCGGGACUGCAGCAAGCUCACUUCCUCACAGCUGCAACCCCUGCACUCUGCCGAACAGCAAACCCCGUGCAACUGAAACGCCAGAAUGCACGCUUCAUUGCAGCAACACCCAAUAUGGAAUAUCAGUCAUCUUAACGGGAAUUCUGACUCCUGAGUCGCUGGUUACGGUGCUCAUUUGAAUGACAGCCAGUCGAGGUGCAUCACCCAUCUUCUGAUUAGGACUAAUCAACGAGCCUCAGUUGUUCUGUAUACAAAGCUACAGACAAACGGAGACGUCUGAAGAGAUAUUAAGUGGUCAUCACAGUCUAAUUCGCUGCCUGUCAUCAGUGCACAAACCUUUCGCGCUUACCGGAGACUCCCCGCGCGCUGCGCACCCGGAGGCCCCAAGUGCCUGUUUUCUCACGCUUGAUUCACCAUAUAUGGAAACUGAUGCCCUGUUUGCCUUUUCUCAUCCGUGUCUACCUCUGCAACCCUUAUUUCUCCUUAAAUAACCACCCGCUUAUGCCCGCGAGCCAAACUAAACAUCUCACAGAAUGACUUUAUUGAUGAAUAAAAUGACAAGAAAAUAAUGUUUUACUGUGAUUUGGUCUUUCGUCUGUUGAUCUAGCGCCCAGCUCGAGUUUACAGUGUUUAUCGAUUUUAUUUUUUUUUACCUUCUUUGGACCCGAAACUGCAGUUGAGCGCAUCUGGUGCUUUGGGCAGCUGUCACGAGAGCAAUAAUAAACGCCCGUUAUUUUAAGGGAUUUUGCGCGGGCUUCUUUCUCAGGAUAUCAGGAUGGCAAAUGAACCCGUUAUCCUUAAUGUGUAUGACAUGUAUUGGAUAAAUGAAUACACCUCCACUCUGGGUAUUGGAGUCUUCCACUCAGGAAUAGAGAUCUACGGCAGAGAGUUUGCAUAUGGGGGCCAUCCAUACCCUUUCAGUGGCAUUUUCGAGAUCAACCCUGGAAAUGCCUCAGAACUGGGGGAGACUUUCAAAUUCAAAGAAGCUAUAGCUCUGGGUACAACUGACUUUGCAGAGGAGGACAUUGAUAAAAUAAUGGAGGAGCUGGGCAAGGAGUUCAAGGGGAACGCCUACCACCUGAUGCACAAAAACUGUAACCACUUUUCAUCCUCGCUUUCUGAGUUGCUGUGUGGUAGAGAGAUUCCGCGCUGGGUUAAUCGGUUGGCAUAUUUCAGUUCCUGUAUUCCAUUCCUCCAGAGUUGUCUGCCUAAAGAAUGGCUCACGCCCGCUGCACUCCAAAGUCACAUCAGCAUGGGCCUUCGAAAUGAGAACGCACACUCUCACACACACGAGUCCAGCGACGAUGAGACCUCGUCUGCCACAGGUGCAGCUGCGGGACAGCCUGGAACAUCACAUAGCUGCAGACACACCCGUGUGUGAUCUGACAUACAUAUUUACACAAAUACACACACAUAUACAUUGUAAUACACUUCAACCUCUAAUCCUGCUGCUACAGCACCUCCUGCUGGACUGGAUGAACACUAGACCACUUCACCUCUCUGAAAGUGGUAAUCAAAGUCAUGUUUUUCAGUAGAGCCACCAGGGAUUUAAAAAAAAACUUGUACUCUUAAGGUUUUAGAAUUAUUUGAUUUUUUUACUCAGAUUUUAGGAAAAUGAAAACAGUGUUUGCCAUUUAGUAUUCUCUCUCGAAUAAGCUCUUUCCUCCGAACAUGGGACAAUAUUAAAGAUGGGUGAUCAUGAUAGACUCCACCCUGCUGGUGUGUGACAGCACUACAGGGCCCUCCCUCUACACAGUACUGAACUUUCAGUAGUGUAUCCAUUUCUGUCAGUCCCUUAGACUUUUAAUUACAUGUCUGGAUGUUCUCCAGAUUUAGCCGAGUUUGCUGUGUAUUAACUUAUUUUCUAUUAUGUGAUGGAAUGGGACAGUGUUUACUGCUGCUCGUUUCUGGCUGGUUCUCAUGUGAAAGAUCUGCAGAGGAACUUACAUUCCUUAAUGUUACUACUUUUUUUCCCUUAAUGAUUUUAAUAUAUAAAGCUGCUUUAAUUUAAUGAUAUGAUGUCAAACUCUUUAAUGUCAUAUUCUUUUCCUUUCAGAUUUGGUUUUAAGCUGUCAGAUUUUGGUUUACAUUCAUUUUGUUUAAUUUUCUUAGAAUGUACAUUGGCUGUAUGUUAUGAUAUUAUAGUGCAAGGUUUGUAUGGUGUUAUUUAAAUAUGCAUUGAUGCAUUUAUGCUAUAAACAAACCCAUGGCAGUAUGUGUCACACAGACUCACUGAAAUGAGUUGGAAAAUGCAGCCUUAUAUAUGUAAGCCAUUGAUAUGCUGUAGUCAAUUGAAACAAAAGCCUUUUGUUGUUCUGUCGUCUUGGACACAAAGGGGGCAUUUGUAAG